UCUCUCUCUCACUGAAUAUAUAUAUAAACAACACCAAUUCCAACAACAAAAUUGAUUCAACAUUUUCAUUACCAAAAUUCAUUCUUCUCUCUAAUCUCUCUUCCGAUUCAUCGAUCACAAGGAGUUUUUCGCGAGCUCAGAGAGAGUGAGGAGGUUUUUUUCUUUGGCAUACCAUGGCUCCGGCAGCGGCAGCGGCAUCAACAGACUCGAUAAAUCCAAGAGAUGUUUGCAUAGUUGGUGUUGCACGCACACCAAUGGGUGGAUUUCUUGGUAGCUUAUCAUCUUUAUCGGCCACCAAGUUGGGAUCUAUAGCAAUUGAAGCUGCACUUAAAAGGGCGAAAGUUGAUCCCGCACUUGUACAAGAAGUCAUCUUUGGCAAUGUUCUGAGUGCAAAUUUGGGGCAGGCUCCCGCUAGACAAGCUGCAUUAGGUGCAGGAAUACCUAAUUCAGUGAUCUGUACUACUGUCAACAAAGUUUGUGCGUCAGGGAUGAAAGCGACAAUGCUGGCAGCACAGAGUAUCCAGCUAGGCAUUAACGAUGUUGUAGUUUCUGGUGGGAUGGAAAGUAUGUCCAAUGCACCAAAGUACCUGGCAGAAGCAAGGAAGGGGUCUCGUCUAGGGCAUGAUUCUCUUGUUGAUGGAAUGCUGAAAGAUGGUUUAUGGGAUGUCUAUACGAACUCUGGCAUGGGAACUUGUGCAGAGUUAUGUGCAGACAAAUAUCAAAUUACAAGGGAGGCCCAGGAUGACUUCGCUGUCCAGAGCUUUGAGCGAGGUACUGCUGCCAAGGACAGCAAUGCCUUCGAAUGGGAAAUUGUUCCGGUUGAAGUUUCUGGUGGAAGGGGAAAACCAUCGACUAUUGUCAAUUCGGAUGAGGGUCUUGGAAAGUUUGACCCUGCCAAGUUGAGGAAGCUUCGACCAAGUUUUAAGGAGAAUGGUGGUACCGUAACUGCAGGCAAUGCUUCCAGCAUAAGUGAUGGUGCUGCUGCCAUAGUUUUAGUGAGUGGGAAGAAGGCACUGGAACUUGGGCUGGAAGUGAUUGCAAAAAUUAAAGGAUAUGCUGAUGCCGCCCAAGAGCCAGAAUUUUUCACAACUGCACCAGCCCUUGCAGUUCCAAAGGCCAUUUCCCAUGCUGGCCUAGAAGCUUCACAAAUUGACUUCUACGAAAUAAAUGAAGCAUUCGCUGUUGUGGCUCUUGCCAAUCAGAAAUUACUUGGAAUCUCUCCUGAUAAAGUGAAUGUGCACGGUGGAGCUGUGUCCUUGGGACAUCCUUUAGGUUGCAGCGGUGCUCGUAUCUUGGUCACACUUUUGGGGAUACUAAAGCAGAAAGGUGGGAAAUAUGGAGUUGGAGGUGUUUGCAAUGGUGGAGGUGGUGCAUCUGCUCUUGUCUUGGAGCUCGUGUGAAGCCCGUUCGAGUUCAAAGUGUCGAUAAGAUAAUGUGUCGGAUCACACGGGUUGGUAGUAACUUGUUAUCCUUCCUUUUCACCCUUCUAAUGAUGAUAGCCUUAGCCUUAGGAAUGUGGAAAAGUAGAGCCUUUUGUGACAAAGCUUAAAGUGAAGCAGAGGCAAUCAAGAUGUGUUUGUUGUUUUCUAUGAUCAGGAUAAUAUGAAUUUUAUCCAUAAAGUUUCUCUUUCAUUUGGUUUCAUUCAUAAUUAAUAAGUUUGAAAAAUGUAUUGUAUUUAGCUACCAGAAGAAAGUGAAACAUUCUUCCUUUGUUAUCUUAUUA